UAACGUUAGUAGGUAGCCGAGCUGGAAUAUGUCUUCAAAGAUGUGAGAAGUGCAAGGUUAUCGAAAUCCCAGACAAACCCUGCUCCUAAAUGAUUUGAGACUAUGCAUGUCAUGGCGGAUGUCCAUGUUCUGAGAGGGACACUUCCGCCGAGAAAGACUUUUGUCCUCUCUCUGGCUCGAGUUGUUAUUGUAGCGUCGGCUAAACUAGCUAUGCUAACACCGUAGCUAACGGUAGCUAGCUUAGCACACAUUCCGUGCCUUCACUCUCCUCGUAGCCAGUUGAUUAGCACGGAGCGGCACGGCGCACUCACCAACAAGGUAACUUUGGAGCAGGCUAACCAGAAGCAUGCAUCAACAACUGACCUGGCUAAUGUUGAUGUCAAAUUUCCUAGUUAGUAGUAGGAAGUUGGCGUCAGCUGAAGGCAAGGUUACAGUGUAAGUUGUGUUAUGCUAGUUGAGAAAUUUUGACAAAACAAUAGUCCUUGCUAACGUUUCAUGUUUUGCCAAGAGCCACCUUGAUGGAAAUGUUGUUAGCAAAGGUUAGCUAACAGCAGCUUGCCUGCUGCACACCUGGCUCUCCCAGCAGCAAAAGCUUCAAUGUUUACCAGUCGACCUCACGUUGUGCUGUGAGAUGGACCACCAGACACUGAGCCACUGAAAUGGCUCUCAGCCCGCACAGAACAUCUUUCUGAGACGGUGUGUUUCUACGUUCAGAGGGGAAAUUAUGUCUAGCAAAGCUGCAACCAAGGACAAGAAGUCGAGCUUCAGCAAGAAGCUCUUCAGGCGGGGCUCGGUCCGCUCGGUGGGCAGCUUCAUGAGCAGAGUCUUGAGGACCCUGACGACGCUGUCCCACUUUGGAUCUGAGGUGCAAACAGAGGAUGACAAAGAUGAUGGGGGGUUCACCACAUUUAGACUUGGAAGUAAAGAUUUGCCGAUGGACGAUGGUGACAUCGGGAGCUUCCUGUCUGGAGAGAAAGUUCCUGGAGUGUCUGGUCUCAAAAACCAUGGGAAUACCUGCUUCAUGAACGCCGUUCUCCAGUGCCUGAGCAACACCGAGCUCUUUGCUGAGUAUCUUGUUCUGGAGCAGUACAAAGGACAGGAGCUGGAUGAAGACAAACCAAAGACAAAUGGUGUGCAUCUGCAGAAGAAAGGUCCCGCGGCCAGAGGAGAGGUGACAGAACAGCUAUCAGGACUUGUGCGAGCCUUGUGGACUUUUGAGUAUACCCCUCAGCACAGCCGGGACUUCAAAAAUGCUGUCUCAAGAAAUGCCUUGCAGUACAGAGGGAAUGCUCAGCACGAUGCCCAGGAGUUUCUGCUCUGGCUGCUGGACAGAGUACACGAGGACCUCAAUACAAUCAACCCCAACAGCAGGCCUUCCAUAAAGCCACCAAUUGAAGAAGACGACCAGAGCCUGGAGGGCCCGUCUCCUCCCCUCUCUGCUGGGUCAUUCGUACAGGAGCUGUUUCAAGCUCAGUAUCGAUCGUCGCUCACCUGUCCACAUUGCCAAAAACAGAGCAAUACAUUUGAUCCUUUCCUCUGCAUCUCCUUGCCCAUCCCUCUACCACACACACGGCCCCUGUAUGUGACAGUGGUCUACCAGGGGAAAUACUCACACUGUAUGAGGAUCGGAGUGGCUGUUCCCCUCAACAGCACGGUCUACCGGCUCAGAGAUGCUGUGUCACGCGAGACCAAGAUCCCAAUGGACCAGUUUGUCUUGACUGAAAUGUACUAUGAUGGGUUUCAUCGCUCCUUUUGUGAUGAUGAUGACGAUCUAGACAUCAUUCAAGAGAGCGAUUCCAUUUUUGCCUUUGAGACGCCAGAAACCUUUAGAUUGGAGAACAUACGCACCAAAAGAGGAAGUCUGCUGGCGAACCUGAAUCAGAACAACUUGAAGUAUGGGAAUGAAAUCGGUAGGACUCCAUCUUUCAUGCAGGGUGCCAUGACUCCUGUCACGGCAUCACCCAACAAGAACGUGGGCCCAGACAAGAUGAUCCUCCUGGUCUGUAAUAGAGCCUGCACAGGCCACCAAGGGAGGAGGUUUGGCCUGCCAUUUGUUUUGUACAUGGAGCGCACUGUGACCUGGGAUGCUCUGCAGAAGGAGAUCCUGGAGAAAAUGCGUCACCUUUUGAGGCCUGGAGUCUACAUUCAGGUGGGACCUUUCAGUCUCCGAGUGGUUGGAGUUGUUGGCAUCACCUACCUCCUUCCCCAAGACGAGCAGCCACUGUGUCACCCAACUGUGGAAAGAGCUUACAAGUCCUGUGGACAAGGCGGGCCGCCUCAUGUGAAGAUUGUGGUGGAGUGGGACAAAGAGACCAAGGAUUAUUUGUUUGGACACACUGAGGAAGAGUACAUCCCUGAUGCUGAGAGUGUGUAUCUGCACAGAGAACAACAUCAUCAGCCCCAGGCCUGCACCCUUGCUCAGUGCUUCCAGCUCUACACCAAGGAGGAGCAGCUGGCCCCGGACGACGCCUGGCGCUGUCCCCACUGCAAACAGCUGCAGCAAGGCCGCAUCAAGCUCAGCCUGUGGACGCUGCCGGAUGUGCUCAUUCUGCAUCUCAAAAGAUUCAGACAGGAGGGAGACCGGAGGGUAAAGAUGCAGAACUUGGUGAGGUUCCCGUUGAUGGGCAUGGACAUGGCGCCGCAUGUCGUAAAGAGAAGUCAAAGUAGCUGGAGUUUACCUUCCCACUGGUCACCAUGGAGACGACCCUAUGGCUUGGGACGUAACCCCGAUGACUACCUGUACGAUCUGUACGCCGUGUGCAACCACCACGGGAACAUGCAUGGAGGCCACUACACAGCUUACUGUAAGAACUCCAUAGAUGGACAGUGGUACUGCUUCGAUGACAGUGAGGUGCAGCCAAUGGCGGAUGAUGAUGUGUGUCAGCAGACGGCCUAUAUUCUGUUCUACCAGCGGAGGACCACUAUUCCAUCCUGGUCGGCCAACAGCUCUGUUGCUGGUUCCACCAGUUCAUCUCUGUGUGACCACUGGAUCAACAGGUUGCCUGGUAGUAGACCUGCUAGCUUGGCCUCUGGAGCUUCCUCAAGGCGCACCUCCUUAGCUUCACUGGCGGAGUCAGUGGAGUUCACAGGAGAGCGUAGUGAAGAUGAUGGCGGAUUCUCUGCCCGGCCUUUUGUGAGGAGCAUUCAGCGCCAGAGCUUGUCCUCUAGAUCAUCCAUCGCUAGUCCUUUGGCCUUCAGUGACACAGGGAUAAAGCCUUCAUGGUCUCUCUCUGCUAAGCUUCACAUGAGGUCCAACUCUCCCUCACGUUUCUCCCUUGACUCUCGAUGCUCACCUCCCCUAGAGAGAAUAGGAGAGGCCUGUGAUGACAAAGUUUCCACAUCCUGUUUUGGCAGCUAUAGUAGACAUGAACGCUACUUUGGCAGCAGGACUCCCCUGUCUAUGUUGGAGAGCAACUUCAGUGACCAGGACAAUAAAAGCUUCCUAGACAUGGUCUACUGCAAAGUUCCCUCUCAAGUGGACAAGAAGAGUGCCAGAAAUGACCCAACGGAAAACAACAACCAGAUAACGGCUAUAGACCAAAAUAUACUAGCUUCCCAAGCUACUCCCUCCAAAGAACAGAAACGCAAGAGCAGUAUUGGAGGAUUUGCCUCGAAGACAGAAAGCACAGCCUCCACAAAGAGCUCAAGCAAAGCAGAUCAAGAGAAAACCUCCAAAAAACGUCUGUGCUCAUCCUCAACUCAUAAGACCUCCACCUCUCAGUUGUCUUCCAGUACGCCCGUGAAAGGCCCGAAGGUAAGCAAUACCAAGGAAAAGAGUACUAAUGCCAAGAAAGGCAACUCCACACCCAGUGGGACUCCCUCCAAAAAGAAGGAGCCAUCUCAAGCUCUACUGGCAACGCCGCAACAUAAGCAAUGCACCCGCUCCACACCUCAGUCCUCAGCGUCUCCCUCUCCCACUUCAAAGAAGAAUUCCAGUGUCACUGAGAAAAGCUGUACAAGCAGCCGAAAGAAACUGGUAGAAAGGAGCUAUAGUAGGGAUUCUAUGCACACUAGCCCCCUGGGUGAUACUCCUCGUGGCAGCUUGGUAUCCCGCUCUUCCCUGUCGAGGAGUGGAGAAAGCAACCGGCCUGAAAGGAGAUCUGUGAGAAGCUCCAGCAGCAGUUCCUCUGUCACUAGCCUGCGCUCACCGAGCGUUUCCUCUAGAGACCUGCGGCGUAGCAGCAAAUCUGAGGACAAGGGGUUGUCCUUCUUCAAGAGUGCCCUUCGGCAAAGAGAAAGCCGCCGGUCAGCUGAUUUGGGAAAGAGCAGCCUGCUGACUAAGAAGGCCUCAGAGAGGACAGGUAAGCAAAAUGGACAAGCAAAGGACAAUGCCGGUGAUAAUGGAGAAACUGGAGACAUAGUCUCAUCACAGGCAUCAACAGAGACUCAUGGAAGUGAGACAAACUGUGUGACAAAAGAGUCUUCCAAGCCACCCAGCUCUCUUAGCCGCACUCUAUUACAUGUAGGCAAGUCCAAGUCUUCCACUUCUGAAGUAAGUCUUAAGUCUCCUACAAAUGGGAAAAAGCCUCUUGAAAAGGUGCCAUCUUCCAGGAAGCUGUCAUCCAGCAUGCAGUCUCCUGCAUGUACAAGACAGAGGCCUCAGUGAUAUAUCCACAUUCGUUCCAUUAUUUUAGGUGUUGCAGCUAUUUUCUUUGUGCCUAAGUUACAGUAAGCACCAAAUGUAUUUGAAAAGGGACACAUUUUUUUAUGUUGUGGCCUUGCACACUGGCAUUGGGUUCAUAAAAAGGCUUUGAGGUUUGAUUAUAAACAGUCAACUGCCCUUUGAGGUACUCUGUUUCUGUACAACAUCUGCAUAUUUUGUGGUGCCUAACAUUUUGGCUUGUAUACACUCAAGCACUAAUUUUUAGUAUCUUGUCAAAAUUGUUUAAAACGGUGUCCAGUGACACUUUUGGACACAAAGUAUGAACAAGCAAAGGAAUAACUGGCUAAUUGAGUUAAGCACUAGAUUGUGUCUGACACAUAUGAAAUCGCGUGGGCAUUCCUCAUGCAUGCUUGUGCACAACACAACUUCUGUAACUGCAGGGGUGCAGUGAGGCUGUAGGCCCUCAUGAUUUUCACUCAGUUCUCUAAAAAGGAGUACGCUGACAGCAUACCCCCUUGGAAUCUAGCAAUUUUAUUACCUGUCCCUCAAACAAGGGUGUUGAUGUACCUUUGCAAGGCUGAAAAGUAAUUUUGCUGGAAAGUCUGUUGUUUGCUUGUAAAGGGUUACGCUCGGGGGAAAAAAAAGGAUUUAAAUAGCAACAGCAAAAUAGUUUAACCUGACAAAUGCAGAAGUUUUAUGGUGUAUGAAUUGUUUUCAGCUUGCACGUACCAACAAUGCAUACUUUUUCUUUUUGACUGACAGUUUUGACUGGUAUAAAGAUUCUCUUCAGAUUUAGGUGAAAACACUAAAGUCAAAGCAGGCUGUUGAUGCUUAAACCUCACCGCUGUUGUCAGGAUUUCAAAGUCUGCAGUGAUCACUCUACAAAUAGUAAAGUUCAGUAGAUAAUAUGUGUGUGUGUGUGUGUGAGAGAGAGAGAAAGAGAGAGAGAGAGAAAAGAGUUUCAUUAUGAAAUAAGCGUGUCUGAGCAUUUGCAUUUUUUUUUAUUUUUUAUUUUUUUCAUGGAUUAAGGCUGAUCAGAUCAGACUGGUCAUUGAAAACCUACACUUUCCUUUUGGAACACUAAUUUCCGUACAGCUCAUGCAGUGUUUAACAGGGGCUACUUCAGUGAGCGCCCUCUCGCCAAAAGCUAAGGCAGAGACAUGGCAAAGAAAUGUAGUCAGUAGAGAAUACACAGGUAUAUGGUGUUUCUCCAGGCCAUAUAAUGGUUCACUUGCCUAUCUACCUAAUCACCUUUGACGACAGUAUCACAAAUAUCAGCAUUACUGUUAUUUGUGGUCAAUAUCUGUUUCUUUCAACUUUACUGAGAAGAUAGUAGGGCUGGUUGUCAUUGGCCUAGGCAUAACCUGUAGUAUCUUUUCAAGAGAAAUUGUCUCACAAAAAUCGCCCUGACACAAACUUGUAUCUGUAAUCAAUGAGGAAAUUAAUAGAUGAACAGAACCAGCACUGUGGAAUACAAAGCAGCUGGCCUUGAAGCAAACUAGGCGAGGAUAUGAGAAAGAGUUAGUUUUGUAUAAGUCUACAGAGAUUGAGAGAAGUUGAUUAAAUUAUUGUACUAUAAACCUAAGGAAAAUGCCCUAAGAAAACAAUUAUGGCAGUUAGAGCAAAUGAAAGCUCUAUUAAUCAUACUUACACCUUAAAGCAAGAUAUCAGAUAAUUUGGAAACCUGUGGCUCUUACAUUAUUGAAUACCAUUUACGUUGUCUGUUUUAUUAAAACCUUGGUUUACAAAAUACCAGUCGGUGGAAGACAGAAUCAGAUGUAUUUUAUAAAAUGUUUAUAUGCUGUUAAUUUUUUUCCUCGUGUUUUGGAAUGAAACCCUUUAACAUAUAAAUAUAUAUAAGAGAGACGUAUCUGUAUAGAUAUAGAUAUAGACAGAGAAAGUAUAUAGUAUAUACCUGUAUUUUCCCUCUCUUGAGCAAGAUGUAAAUUAUCUUAAGCGCCUUUCAAUACUGUCAAGAAAACAAAUCAUUGCCUCUGGCAACAUAUUAGUCCACUACUGUAUGCAUCACUGAGUAGGAAUGUUUUAAUGUUUAGCACUUUGUAUUAUAAAGUAGAUUUUUUUUUUUUCCCAGAACAAUGAUAUAUAAUAACUUAAUGAUGUAUGUAAUUCUAUAAUUUUUAAAUGUGCUAUCUGUACAUGAUUUCAGACAUAUCUUAAAGUAGUGUCAUGGGCCUUAGACUUGAAAUGGUAUAAGGGUACAUUCAUCUCAAUGUUUCAAGGGAAAUUCUGAAUAAUUUCCCCAUUACUACACCUGGUGCUGUUUAAAGGCCAUGCUCCUCUGGCACUGAUAUUUCUUAAAUUAUCAUAUUUUUAAAUGCUCCUUUUCAGAACUGUGAUCACACUUCAGUGAACUAGAACCAUAUUGCUAGUGUUUAUCAUAACCUGUGGUACCUCAUUUGGAGAAGACAAUAGCUUGCCAUUUUUUCUUCAUCGGGCUGAAACGGAAGACUAAUAAUGAGCCAUUUAAAGUGAUCGUAGUGCUACAUUUGUAUUGUUAGCAUUUGAAUGGUUAUUAGUCCAAAAUGGAUAUGUAGGCUGAAUUUUAACAACUGUCAGACACUGCAUGACAUUUUCCUGUUUUGUAGUUAAAUGAUAAGGAAAUAGCAAGCCGCUGUUUGUCAUUGCAGCCACCAUGAUGCUUGUUGGCUUUUGAGAGUAGGAAAAAAAUGGCUCCCUAUGCAUUUUUCUUUUAUUGAGAUGACAUUUAGGCCCUCAGGCCUCCUUCAAGAUCAACAAUAAUUUUGUCAUGACAAAGUUACCCCUCCCUCAAGUGCAAUAAUCAUACGAUGUUAUUGGAAAGUAAUCCGAUGAUCAACAUUUGUGUUAGAUACCAGCAUAAUGUAUGUUUUCAGUAUAUGAAUGAAUAUGGUUACAUGGCAUUAGACUCCAUCCUUCAGAAAAUAAUUCAGUUACAUUUGCAUCAUCUGUGGUGUCUGCUGGACAAAUGACCAGCUUUCCAUUUGCAAACUUAGCAUUUCUCUUGCUCAUAUAUACCAGGUUGCAUUGUUCCACUUACGGUUUUAAAAGGGAAUACCACAAAACUUAAGGAUUCACAUAUGUUAUUUACAUGGCUCGUACAGGAAUGAACAAGUCAGUAGUCACAGUUAUCAGGGACAUGUUUCCUUUGGCUAAAAGAAUUUAACAUACUGUAUCAAAGCUCAGCGGAAUAACAGUUUACCUCAUUAUUUCUUUUUUCCCUCCGAUUCAAACUGUGCCUUUGCUGCAUGAAAUCAUCUCUCGCCUUUGUUUUUCAAGACAAUCAUUUACUUAUUUAUUUAUUUAUUUUUAAACUGAUGUUGCUAAGAGGUUGGAUAACUCAUUGAAUGCCCACAAUAUGAUUUAGAGGAAAAAAGUGAGGGAGGGAGGUCAUUUUGUUGAGUAUGCAGUUGAAAGAUUGCCAUUUGUUUGGGAGGUAAACAGCUUUGCUUUCUGAGGCGACCUAAAUCACAUUUUAAGGGCAAGUCAGUCUGCUAAAAUCACUUUAAAGAGGUAAAAAAAAAAAAGCUGCCAGCCAGGCAACAGAGUCAUGUCAUUCUUUCUGGUGAGAGUAAAAUGGCAGUUUGAACACUACAACUUGUUUUUCAGCAGGACAUUUCUUGCCAUGAUCAGCCACAAUCAAUUCAGUUUUAGCCGGUGCGCUAAUAAGUUGUAAAUAUGGCCAGUUUUUAACCUCCACUGCUAUACAUGAAGGCACUGUCUUACCCCAGUGGCAUACUGAUUGGACCAAAAGCACUAUCAGAAACAUAAACAGCCUCAUAAAUUCAGUAUUUGGUCAGCCCUGCCAGUUUGUGAUUAUUUUUUAUCGUUAAAAUCUCCCCAGAUUCGAAAACUUGAGAAUCUGACCUUCACAGGUGUGCAGUGUUCGGCUGUUUGGCUCUCGUCGGUCAGCUCACCUGUUAACCAAAUGAGGACAAAGACAGUAGACGUCAAAAUCAUCCAUGUGUCCCCAACAGGUUGUUAGAUCAGGUUGUCGCCCCACACAUAAUGGACCACUCUCCUAAAAACUUGGUGUGUUUGUUUGCUGUUCUCAUCGUCCGUCCUGCAUCUGCUCUGCUGACAAGGAGCGAGACACUGUGGAUUCAUAGAUUGUUUGUCUCUACUUGAAAGUUGGCAGUGAAAGAAUGUAGUUAACAUCCCAUUCAAAAUGUCUUGCGCCAUGUAAAUAACAUAUUGGAAUGUUUUAAGCUGAGUGGUAUUCCCGUCGCUGCUCUCUUUUCUACUGGCUGUUUUAACUCCAUGUCUAAACGCCACCAAUGUGUAUGACAGGCAUUACGUAACAGAGUUUGGUGUUCUCCUUGUUUGCCUGUUUUAAGUCUGUAAUUCAGUGUCCUGGUACUAGUGGCUGGUUCAAAACACUAUUUUUUUUUUUUUUUUUUAAUUUGUCGACUCAUGGGUUUUGCAGUUGCAACUCAGUGAUGUCCAGUAGAUUUGAUGUGUCACUUUUCACGGUUUGUUUCACAUAGCACAGCUUUAUGUAUGAUAAUCUGAUGCCUCUUCACUUUUUACAUUCAAAAUUUGAUUUUGAUUUUUAUUAUUUUAUUGUUUUUUUUUUUUGUUUGUUUGUUUUUUGUAGUUAGCUUAGGGAUUGUAAAUAAUGUUUAUUGUACAACGUGGGUCAUAAUUUGAGGUCAGACUCUAAAGAACCUAACUUUUCACAAAGCGAAUGAAACAAGUGUUUUUGUUUCUUUGUUGCAUUCCCAUGUAAAAAUAUUUUAAAGUCUUUGUAAGCUGUAGACGAGUCUUCAGAGAGGUUUUUCUGCCUUGUGACCAUGUUUUGUUUUUACUCAUGCUUUGGACACCCACCCUGUCAGUAGGAGUCCUGUAAUAUGUGGCAAUUGCUGCUGACAUUUUGUGGCAAUUUGUAAAUCCUUAGGCUCAAAUCAUUUAAAAAAAAAAAAAAUGAAUUGUAAAAAUUGUAAUCAUCUCACACUCAUUCAUAAAGGAGAAAUUUGGAGGCUGAGGCUUGAAUUGCCAAACGUGUUGUGAGAUGCUCAUUUAAGAGAACUCCUCUGACCAGUGGGGACCUUACAAGUAGUUCAGUGAAAAAAAAAAGAAAAAAAAAAUCCUCUCAGUGUAUCUUUGCAGUGAUACAAAAUGCAUACAUAUUGCAAUAGAAUUUCAAAAAAAAAUCAAUGUUAUAUUCAGGAGAAAAUGAAUCAACAUUUUUAUAUGGAUUGAUUGUCCUCUCCAUCCUUUUUUUUAUUAUCAUUUUUUCCACUACAGUUAAUGUUGCCUGUAUUUUUUUUUUUCAGUGUUGUCAAUGUACAGAAUUGAGAAUGAUUGUGGAAUGCAGUAUUGCAUGAAAAUGCUAAUGCAUGCGUCUCAUUAACUAUGCAAGAGACUGCUGCUAUGUUAACCAAAAGCAGAGCAUGGCUGUUUGAAUUCCAUUGCUUUAUUUGCACAGCAUACCAAUAUUUAGAAAUUGUAAAUGACAAUGCUUCAAUGCCAUAAUCUUUUAUUUUUACUAUUUUACCAUUGUCUUGUUUGUUCUUUUUUUAAUACAUAUAUAUAUACAUACAUAAUUUUGGCGAUACAUGAUCCUGCGUGCUCCUGCCUCUUUUUGAAGAGGCGAUUCAGAGUAAAUGUUGUACACCAGCAAGAACAGUAACCAUUCUGUUUAUAACACAAGAUGCUAUUACCCCCUCCGCUAUUUUGUUACCGAAUAGUCUUAUAUAUCCAAUGUAUGUGUCUGUGCGUUGUGUCCAUUUUACUUCACAGUGACAGUAGUUUAUGAACCCGCUGUUGGAAACAGUAGCAUCAAAGCUAAAACAUUUGCAGUUUUUAUUACAGUGUGUAAAGAACAAAGACAUAAAUGUAAAUGCUCAGUUGCAACUUUUUGUAUUGUCUGUGCCGCAUCGUCUGUGUAAGGACUUAAGUGAAUCAGCCUUUUUUUCCCCACAAUUUUAAAUAUCAAAACUGGCAGUUUAUAGUUUACCAACAAAUAAGCAGUGGGUUCAAAAACUUAAUAUUGCUACUGUGUAUAAGGUAGUGACUGAUGAAGUAGAUAUGAAAGACUUAAUCACACCAGUUGUGUAAAUGCACACGCUUUCCAGCAAAAGUUAGUUUACUUUAAAAGAGAAAGUCUUUUGUUGACACCUUUUUGUUAACCAUGUCAAAGAAAAGGACGUUUUUGCAUUGUGUGAAACCAUGCACCAACUAAUUAGAAUGCUAUUAACACUGUUUUUUUUUGUUUGUUUGUUUGUUUGUUUGUUUGUUUUUAAAUAGCCUUUUAUGAUUCAAUCAAAGUAGCAAUAACUGUUCAUAUCAAAACACUAAAAUCAUACAUUAGAGUCACAGGCUCGUGUGCAGGCAACAUAAAGCAAUACUGAUGCAUGAGUAGGACUGGUGGACUUGCACCCUGAAGCCAGGUGUGAGUUGGGCUCUCGGCCAGGCAGGGAUUUCAAUCUUCACAGGCAAAGUUGGGUUUUUGAGGACAUUUUCAGGAUCUCUAUGUCAGGAGCAGAUGCUGUUUGAACUCAUUCAGAAGUGUUAAAUAAUGAACAAAACGAAUUGGAGUGGAUAUUUUAUAUUUUUCUUUGGGUGAUACUAAGGCCUAGAAGUGGCUUAGCAGUUUAAUAGACGGGCAAAACCUGAACGAAUGUCAUUUGCAACCAACUGGUGUGCUGUCCUAAUUACUAUACAUAUAUUUUUUUUUUUGUAAAUGGAGAUGUGUCCGUUUUCUAAGCGUGAGUAAGAACGCUUGAGGUAUACAGUGCUAAAUACAUAGCUCUUUUGUCUUUUUACUUGUCUUUUUUUAUAUAUAUAGUUUUUUUAUCAGUCAUGAAUCAUUUGUAUGGAUGAAAAUUGAUUGCGUUUUUAUUGGGUUCUCUGACCUCCUGUUCACCUGCUAGUACCAGGUUCAUGAUUGUGUUGUUGACACUAUAUUGUCUGAACUGGCUCACAGUGUGUUUGUAUAUUUGGGCCUCUGUUCCAGCAUUCGCCAGUUCAAGAGUUGAGGGAAGUGUUCUUACAUGGAAUAGUUUCAAGCAAGUGCGCGAGACUUUGUCAAAGUCCUUAAUGUUAAUUUAUUUCUUUUUCAUUAAUGUGUAUGCACUUUUAAUGCAGUUUUUUUUUUUUUCUUGAGAAUGCAUUUCUCCUAGAGGAUAAAUGUUUCUAUACAUUGUUGGUUUAGCCAUGCAAGAACAAAAUGGAAAAUCUGAAUAAAAAAUAUUCAAACAA